UGAAUUCUGCUUUAUGUUCAACAAUUUACAGCCUCCAGGUUCUUCUUACCUGGACAUUUGCUGAAUUAAUUAAAAUAUUAUAAAUGUCCAUUUUGAAGUAUUCCGACUUUUAAGUGGCAGUGGUCUGCUAUAAUAUACGAGAAACUUACCAAGCAAUCUGUAAAUGUCUUUACUUGUGUAAGAAUGGUGCUUUAAAAAUGAAACUAGUCUUGCUUUGUAUGACCAGUGAAACAUAGAGGGAUAAGCCACAGAUGUAAGAGGCUUAGCUUUUCACAACACUGCACAGAGAAAAUUUGUUUCAACAUUUAAUGUUGCCCAACUUUAAAUCCAUUUAUUUUUGGCUUACCUGGCAGUUUAGAAAAGGUUUUCUUCUUUGGAGCUUCAGAGUAUUUUGGGUAUUUGGUUGGGUGUUUAUGACAUUAGAGACCAAGUGAACGCUACAUGAGCCAGAACUCUGUCAGCGCAUGCCUGUGAAAACACUUGUAUAACUGUGUGUGGAAAAGCAACAUCAAGUCUAAUGAAUGCAGAUGUUAAAAAAAAAGGGGGUAAAAUAAUGUACGUCUCUCUAGAAACGCUGCAAAAUACGAUCUAUAGCGAAGUGUGGAACAAAACUGGUGUAAAUCUAGUAACUGUUUUUUCUCUUCAGGACUUUCACUGCCUGCUGUAAAUCAGAACCACAGUAAAUCCCUUCUCCACUGCCAGAAGAGUAGAAAACCAAAAGCAAUAAUAAUUAUGUUGAAAUCUUACAACAGUACAAUGAAAACAUGAGUAAAGUUGAAUGCAAUUCCAACAAUUGUAUUUGAGCAAUUGUGUCCUUACAGUAAAACUCGAAUAGAUUCCUUUUCCACAGUAAUGUAUUUCACACAUUUAUUUCUGGUAUGUCUUGUAAUAUCAAGAAUUAUGGCUUGUACCUGAAUUUUGCAUAAGACCUACAAAAAACGUGUUUAAACAGAAAUGCUAUUUUAUGUAUGCCUUAGAAAAUCAUUAGGGAUUUGACAGUGUUCCCACCCACAGUAAAUUGCACCACCCACAGGGAUUGUAGGCCACAAAAGUUUACAGCUUGAAGAAGUUGACUGAUCACGUGUGUUGUGAACAACCACAUUGUUGAAACAUUCAGUGGAAGGAAAAGGUGCAGGGAUAAACACAGCCUUGGUAGGAUUGUGAAAAAGGAGAACAUAACGGGAAUGUUGUUUAUUGAUCCGAGGUCCUCUUUUCAGACAAAUAUUUAUGGCAAAGCCAGAUCACAGGACCUUCUGGUGGAGAUUCUGACCUCCACCAGUAAACACAAGCCUUUUAUCAUCCGUCAAAGAUGUCGCCACAGAAAAAACUCCUCGUCCCAGUGAGCAGCAGGCGGAAAGCCGUGGACGACUUCUUCCCCUUUAACUCGCUGCCGGUGGAGUGCCAGCUGCACGUCUUGUCCUUCCUGAACGAGGUGGACAAAUGCAGCUGCGCGCUGGUUUGCCUGAGCUGGAGUUGCCUGGUGCGGUCGUGGAAACUGUGGCGGGUUGCAGACUACUCUCGGCGCGGCGCCUUCCACCUGGGCCAGGAGGGGCUGCUUGUUUCCAACCGGGAGUUUGAGCGAUGGAAGGCCUGGGUCCACCACUACACCCACCAUCUGAUCUCCCGGCGGGCCAGCCUGCUCACGCUAAAGGCCAGCUUCGACCUGGGAGACCGCUUCAACAAGUGGAGCGAACUGCUGAGUCACCUGCUGGAUAACGUCCACUGCAGAGACCUCAGCCAUCUGGACCUCAACUGGACCUUUACCCUCUUUGAGCCACUGGACCUAAGGGUGCACUCCAGCUCCAGUUCACACCAGGACAGCAUAACCAAGAUGGACCAGGUGACCAGCUUUCAGGAGCUGCUCGGCAAACUCACCCACAGCUGCCCGCGAAUCUCCAAGAUGCGUUUACAUUUCGACUGGUCGGAUCUGUCUGUGUCCCUGCUCACCCGGUUCCAGCAGCUACGGACCCUCGAGCUCAAGUACUUCUGGGUCUUCAAACUGGUGACCCCCUCCACGCUCCAGACGCUUACCAAAUCCCUGCCCAACCUAAAGUCGCUGACUUUGCACAUCCUGGUGCCGCUGAGGAACCUAGGGAUCUCGUACACAUUGGAGUCCGAGUCUCUGGAGUUCCUGGAUGUCUCGCCCAGCCGCGGUUUGGUCUUCUCCUGCCUGAAGCUGCCGGCCCUGAGAGAACUCCGAGCUAAGAAGAUAGUGCGAGGUAUCACGCUGGAUCGUAGGACAAGGCUCCGGAUCCAGAGCAGGUGGCCUUGUCUGUACCAUGUCCUCCAGCAGGGGACGCCAAAGCUUCAGGCCCUGAACAACGAGAGGCUCCUUCCUACAUGGAGGGAGAAGAGCUACGGGGAGCUGACCGCCAUCCUGGAACAGUCCUGCUACUGUGUGCAGCAUCUAGACAGCUGGCUGUGGUAGUCAGCUGACUGAAGAUCCGUCUGUGUUUUGUAAAUUCCAGCCAAAGUAAAACACUGCUUUUACUCCCCACAUUGUUGCUCUUAUUCCAACAAACCGAUUCUGCAAGAGAACACAGAAGUCGUUUGUUGCUGCAGAUGAAAAAUAGGAUGUGACCGCAGGAUCCUCCCAGUUUCUAAACUGGAAUCUGCUCUUUGUGUAAAAACACACGCAGGAUUGAGGCAAUGACGCACAGCGGGUUUGUAAUCAUUUGUUCGAUAAUCUGCGAAAAGCAACGGUGCUUCUUCCUGAUCGGGCUCUGCUGCUGCACUGGCUAGGAAAUGAGCAGAGCUACAAAUACGUGGAUCAGGACUGAAUGAAGAAUAAUAUCGCCUUUAUUUAGCUGGAAACUUUUUCAAACCUGUUGUUGUCAAGGAAAAGAACAGUGAAGAAUAAAGGCAAAAUAUUUUCAGGAUUUUCUUUUUCAUCCAAGAUGAAACUUUAUGCAUUAAUGCAUGAACUUUGAAUUCAGCUGAAUAUUUAUGAAAAUAUGGUAAAGAUGAUAAUCAUCAGUGAUAAUAUGAGUCUUAGUUUUUUUGGUUGUAAUCUCCACGGCUGUUAUGACGUUUCCAUAGGAUUACAGUCAGAAAUUAAGGGGGGAAAAAAAAUCAAAAUUUUAGAAUAAAUGUUAUUUUAACCAUUUAUUUUUUUUGCAGUCAAAAAAGUUUCAGUCCCAAUUUUUAAGUCCUAAGAAAGCUUAAACAGAAAAUGGAGCAUGGACAUUUUUUUCCAAACUUUUGUUUUAUUCCUUUGAUACUAAAAAACAACUUUUUAAAUUAUCUGUGAUUUUUAUACGUAUCUAUAUUUAGGUGGCAUCCUUUGAACUGGUCUCAAAUAUCCAUGCUUCAUUCGCAUUCUUUAAUAUUUCACAAACACAAACCUCCUUGAAAACUAUAUAAAAAUACAAUGCAAUACCGCAAUACAAGCAUAAAGUUCCGUAAACAUAAUAUAAUCCUGUGCUCUUUUUCGCAGUAUCAUAGCACACAAAGCUUAACUUUAUACAUAUAUACAUUGCUGUGUUUGCUAGUAAAAAACAGUUGCAAAAUGUUUCUGUUUGGCUUAUUUUACUUGCAGUCCUGCUUCAGGAGCACUGUUAUGUGUUUUAAGCUAAUUAUUUCAACUCGACAAACCCAUAAACCUUCUAGGAAACAUGUUACAAACAUUUGACGUACCUUAACAUAGGAUAGUAGUCAAAAAAAGUAAAUGUUUAGACAAGUAGAAAACAGCAACUCGCCUGCUUUUGGGUAGCCAUGGCAACAUGAAACAAAUGGCAGGUAAGCACCCGUUUCAUCCUGCACUGCUAUGUUAAUUUUGAUUAUUUUUAAUUUGCAGAGAACGUCCUAAUAGAUUCACUACUUUGAACUAACAAAGGCUGCUGAGUUGUUCGUUUGGCCUCUAGGUUCUUCAAGAUCAGGUUUAGAAUCCCCCCCAAAUUUCCACUUAUAACAUUUAAAUUGUUACGAUAAAGUAAAAUAAAGAAAAUGUACCGCAAAUUGUGCUUCAUCAAAUUGUAUUUAGUAUGGUCUUAUCCAGUGUUGACAUUUUUAGAACAGAACUCAUCUCAGUUAGAAUAACCGUGUAAUAUUUCAGCAGAUGAAUUUAAAUAUAAAAAAAUGGUUACUAUUUUUUUAAAUUAAAAACUUAAGUUUUGCUACUUUUUCUUAAAAAAAAGAUACAGUAUCUAACAAUUCUCCAAAAUAUUUUGCCUUUCUUCUGCCAGUUUCUCCAGUCUAAGCCAUCUAAACUUUGAAACAUGACAUGUCCUGUGCUAUAAAAUUAACGUUUGUUUCAUUGGUUAAAUGAAAUACGGUUAUAUUUGUCUUCAGAGAAGUGAUGGAGACGCAUUAGAGAAGUUUGCACAAAAAAAGAUGAGAUGAAAGUUAAAUAUGCAGUAAAUAUUUAGGACUGAAAAUUGCUGUAAGAUACGUUGAAAUUAGCUUUUUAACUAAAGCCGCAGAGCAGCUCAAGUUCUGAAAAUGAGCUGAAAACUGUUUGUGUGUUUUUGCUCCCUGACUUUGCUGCUGAAUACUUUCAACUUUUUGCUGUUAAGCUGGUGUAAUUCCAAUCACAGCCGACCAGGAAUGCAAAAUGAGACUUAAUUCCAGUGCUGGACCACAUUGUUCAAAAAUUGCUGGUGCUCCUUUACAGUUUGUUUUGUUUGUGCCGUUCCUCCUCCAGCAAAGGGAGCCAGAAGGGUUUUGAAGUAUUUGUUUUGAUGGUGUCUGAGUGAAGAACUCCCGCAGCUCUUGAUUUUGCAGACAUUUUGCACAUUUCUGUUGCCUUCUUGGAAAGUUUUAUUCAGGAAGAGGGCGACACGUCACAUUCCAGCUUUUUGAGACUCUUUGCAGAGAAAUCUGAUCAGUUUGAGCCGCAGUUCUCCUCCCAGUCAGCAGAUGUCCCCAUUUUCAAAGGUUUGGUCGUGAAGAUUUCUGUGUUUACUGCUGCGUUGUGUAACACAGUGGGCUUUUGAGUAUUUAAUGUGUGUGAGAGCAGCUUGACGUUUUUUCAUUUUUGCUCUGUUGUGGUCAGGUUUCUUUCCCAGCUAAGCACACCAGUGUCACUUCAAAUUUGCAGAAUGAUAUGACUGACAAGCCUUUUCCGUUUCCGAGAAUUCAUUUGUCCUUCACAUGAGCAGGAGGCGCUGACAUUUGCACAGAUGCUGUAAAAUCUGGUCCACUUGUUUUUAAGAAUAAAAAGACUGGCCUUUCAAGGUU